GGGCGGGGAAUACGGAGCAACUGAGCUGGGAUGCUGCGUGUUGUCAGGAUGUAGGGAGGGUGCAGUGUUUGGACGCGCCCAAGCCAGAGAAGCACCUUUCCCACGAGAAGCCGAGCCCCACGCACACCGAGCGACCAGGUCCGCGCGCUGAGAGGGAGAAACUUAGCCUGGGUCCCUAGCGAGGCAGGCGGGGCGAUACUCCAGGUGUAAGGCCGCGGAGGGGGGCGACGAGCAGCCGCACGCGCAGAGGAGCGGGAAGGCACCCGGUGCCGCUUCCCGCCGCCUGCCGCCUCCCGCCUCGGCGGCAGCAGAGCAGCAGAGGGAGGGGCAACAGCUGCCGGGCUCGCCAACUAGAGGAGGUGUAGGCGGAGCCUGAGUCCACGAGCAGCCGAGGCGCAGCCUGGACUGUAGUUUCCCCGGAGAGAAGAAGGAGAGCGGGUGCACCCUGGCUGCCAGCCUCCAGCUCCCGCCACGGGUUGCAGGUGUGUGGAAGAAAGAAGUCCUGUGGAAUUGCAAGUUCAUGAAACACUGCCUUUCUGCGUCUGGACCAGCUGCCAUAAAGCUAUUGUGCCCAAUUUGAGCUUGAAACUAUUCCACUAUGGCUUUUCUCGGACUGUUCUCUUUGCUGAUUCUGCCAAGUGUGGUGUUAGGGGCCAAUUUCCCUGAUGAAACCAUUGCCGAGGUGUCAGUGAAUAUGUACAACCAUCUUCGAGCCACAGGAGAAGAUGAAAAUAUUCUCUUCUCUCCACUGAGCAUUGCCCUUGCAAUUGGUAUAAUGGAACUUGGGGCUCAAGGGUCUACUCUGAAAGAAAUCCGCCUUUCAAUGGGAUAUGACAACUUGAAAAAUGGUGAAGAAUUUACUUUCUUGAAGGAUUUUUCUAAUAUGGUAACUGCUGAAGAGAACCAAUAUGUGAUGAAAAUUGCCAAUUCCCUUUUUGUACAAAAUGGAUUUCAUGUCGGUGAUGAGUUUUUGAAAAUGAUGAAAAAAUACUUUAAUGCAGAAGUAAAUCAUGUGGAUUUCAGUCAAAAUGUGGCUGUGGCAAACUCCAUCAAUAAGUGGGUAGAGAAUAACACAAAUAAUCUCCUGAAAGACUUGGUCUCCCCAAGGGACUUUGAUGCUGUCACUCAUCUGGCCCUCAUCAAUGCUGUAUAUUUCAAGGGCAACUGGAAGUCACAGUUUAGACCUGAAAAUACUAGAACUUUUUCCUUCACUAAAGAUGAUGAAAGUGAGGUCCAAAUUCCAAUGAUGUAUCAACAGGGAGAAUUUUAUUAUGGGGAAUUCAGUGAUGGCUCUAAUGAAGCUGGUGGUGUCUACCAAGUCCUAGAAAUACCGUAUGAGGGCAAUGAGAUAAGCAUGAUGCUAGUAUUGUCCAGACAGGAAGUUCCACUGGCCACUCUAGAGCCAUUGGUCAAAGCACAGCUGAUUGAAGAAUGGGCCAACGCUGUGAAGAAACAAAAAGUGGAAGUGUACCUGCCCAGGAGUUUUACAGACGCUCCCUGCAUAACUAACGCACAUCUAGCAGUAGAAUCUACUCAACAUUCAAUGAAGAUGGAUGAGGACCACCUGGAUCUACAUCUCGGUUCUGCCAGUGGUUAGCUGUAUGACCCUGAGCAAGUUAUUUCAUCUUCUGCCUUUCAGUUCCUUCUUCUAUUACCUAAAGUUUUAUUUAAAUUAAUCUAGUUUUAAUACUCUUAGGACAAUUCCUGGUGUACAAUAAUAGCAAUAAAUACAUAUGUACAUACAUAUUAGGCUAGUAAGACAUCCUGUAUUUUCCUUCUUAUUUCCUUUGUGAAAUUUGUAUCAUAAAACAAUUCUAUUUUCACAUUAAUACUUACUUUUGAUAGAAAAAUGAAGUAACAAUGUAAAACCCAAGUUACUUAUCUGUCUUAUUUUUCCCUAAAAUGGGCCUGCUAAAACUGUUUUCCUAAUUGCUCCUCUUCUUGUCUAAGUUUUAUUUAUGAAAACCAGUUCCCUCCAGUUCUAAGACAUAAAAAUGAUUCUAAUAUAACUUUUAGUGACUAUCAUAGACUUACCUCAUAUAUAAAGAUAUAACCUAACACAGCCUAAAACUUCAUAUUUAUGAUACUAUUAAUCGGAAAGCAACAUCCUGAAGACUUACUCAUAUAUAAAGAUAUAACCUAACACAGCCUAAAACUUCAUAUUUAUGAUACUAUUAGAAAGAAACAUCCUAAAGAAAGGAAAAUUUUAACUUUGACAGUUUUUUGUGUUUUUUUUAGUGUAAUCAAUACUUUUUGUAAAAAUAUUUGUUAAUGCAGGCAUGCUUGGUGCAUAUCUCACUAAAAAGGAUAUUGAUCCAAUUCAUUGCACUAGAGAAGAUUCUGUAACCUGUCUGGCUUUACUGUGGAAUCUAUCUAUCUAUUAUUUAUCUAUUUAUUUUAUGGUACUGAGUAUUGAACCCAGAGUUUUUCACUAAGCUGCAUCACCAACCUUUGUAUUACUGUGAUACAAGGUCUUACAAAGUUGCUAUGUUGCCCAAGCUGGGCAAGGCUUGUGAUCUUUCUGCCUCAGCCUCAGAGAGUAUUGAGAUUAGAGGAACAAGCCAUCAUACCUGGAAAAACUAUUUUUUUUGAAAAUAUUGUUCUAUUUAUGACCACUAUACUUACAAUACUUUUAUCUUCUUACAAAAUUGAUGCACAUUUGCAUAUAAUAACUCAUAAGUUUUCUAAAAUAAAAAUAAGAGCUAUUGUUCUUUUGUUUAAAAAACUGCUAGAAUUAUAAAUACCCACAGUUUUUAAGAAAUAAUGUUUAACUCACUUUCAUUGAUAAGUAUUAUUUUUAAUAGCAUAAGAACUGGAUUAUUUAUGUCCGGCAGGUUAAUAUAGCCAUCAAGAUGCAUUUUUUAAAUGUGACCGGUUUUUUUGAGUUGAAAUGCCAAAUAUAUUAAUUGUGCAACAGAAUUUGGCUCUUGUUUAUCUAUGCAUGGUGAGUGGGAGUUGAGUAAAUAGCAUAAAUUGACCACAAUGUUAAAAGAGGGAAACAUCCUGGAUAAAUUUAUAAGGAGUAAUUAUAAGCUUGAAAAGUUAAACAUAUUACUUAUUAGGUAAAAAAUACAUAUACUUAAUGAUUAUUGAUCUCAAAAUUCGUUUAUAGUAUAUUUAGUUUUGUGUUCAAUAUCAUGUAUUUUUCAAUUUAUGAAUACAAAUCCUAUUGCUGUAUCAUUCCCUUAAAUACCUCAUUUUUAUAAGCAUGAUCAAAUGAUUCUUGCAGUCAAAAUUGAGAUUUAGCAUAAUUUACACUCCAUAAGGAAGACAUUUAAAAUCAAGAUAUUUAACAUUCUAUUCUUGUCCCAAGUAACAAUAUAUUAUAACUGUUUCCCCCCAGGUUCACAGUGGAACAGGAAAUUGAUUUAAAAGACAUUUUGAAGGCUCUUGGAAUAACUGAAAUAUUCUUUAAAAAUGCAAA